CCUCCUCGAUUCUUCAUUCGUCCGCGGACCGUGUCAGCGAGCGCACGUGUCGCUCGUCAUAAAGAGUUCAGUGAACGAGUGUUGUGCUUAUGAACAAUCAAGAUGGUGCGUAGCUUAUCGCAGUGGACGAAGACCCUCAGCUUUCCAGCGAGGUUGUCUCCAAACCGCACGUCUAAGGAAAGCGUCGGGAAUGGCCAGUCCUCCCCAGGAGUGUCGCCAACUCCCAGCGCCUCAUCGCUCCCCCAGAGUUCGGAUAAAACUAUCACACCGAUACCUAUCACCGAGAUCAGCCAAAUCAUAUAUCCAGAUCCAGAGUCUGAAAAGGCUAUUAUGGGAUCGGUGGUGUACUGUAUUCACCACAAGGAAGGAUGCCAAUGGUCGGACGAGCUACGCAAAUUGAAGGCGCAUUUGAACACGUGCAAGCACGAUGCGGUGCUCUGCGCGGCACAGUGCGGUGCGAUGAUCCCGCGCGUGUUGAUGCAAGAUCACUUGCGCUACACCUGCCCCCGCCGCCGCGCCAACUGCGAGCAUUGUCACAAGGAAUUCUCAGGGAGCGCCUUAGAGGAGCACCAAGGAAACUGUGGUCAUGAGCCAGUUUACUGUGAAAACAAGUGCGGAGCCAAGGUCCAGCGCAGACACACACAGCAGCACAUCCAACAGCACUGCAGUAAACGACUAGUGCCUUGUAAACACUGCGGGCAGAGUUAUACACAGGACACAGUAUCAGCACACGGAGCGUCAUGCGCCCGCGCGCCUGUAGCUUGUCCACAACGCUGUGGGGCCAGUGGUGUGCCCCGUGCGGACUUGGCUGCUCAUUUGAGGGACCACGCCGCGGCUGCUGCAGCCGCUGCCUUACCCUGCUCGUUUAGGGAUGCUGGGUGUAGAUUUAAGGGAACAAGACAGGCUCUAGAAAAACAUACAGAAGAAAGUUGCCAGCAGCACCUAGCCCUCGUGUCAGCUCUCGCCAGCCGCCAAGCGCGACAACUAGACUCCUUGCGAGCAGCAGUAGCAAGAUUGUCAGUCAACUGUUCUGGUGCACUUGUAUGGCGCAUCAGCGACUGGGCUGCCAAAAUGGCCGAGGCAAAGUGCAAAGAUGGUGUCGAACUUGUGUCCCCUGCCUUUUACACCAGCCAAUACGGAUAUAAGUUGCAGGCAUCACUAUUCCUCAAUGGCAACGGAGCUGGUGAAGCGACCCACAUGUCAGUCUACAUCAAGAUCCUCCCAGGAGAAUACGACGCGCUUCUCCGCUGGCCUUUCGCUCACACGGUCUCCUUCACACUCUUCGACCAGAGUUCCAGCCCAGACAGAGCCUGCAACAUCGUGGAGAGCUUCGUUCCUGAUCCCACGUGGAAGAACUUCCAAAGACCCUCAAAGGAACCUGACGCGCUAGGCUUCGGGUUCCCAAGGUUCGUCUCCCACGAAAUGCUCAAAAAGAGGAACUUCAUCAAGGACGAUGUGAUGUUUUUAAGGGUGAAGGUAGACCCCAGUAAAAUUGUAGCUGUUUAGUAUCAUAGUUUAUGUAGUUUUUUAAUAGACAGACGCGUAGAUAUGACAUAUUAUGACACAGUUUGAAUUAGUUUGCAGGUUUAAACAUUUUUAAUCAGUUUGGCUCAAUUAUUAAGAGUUACAAUUUUGGUUCAAAAACUUUCGGGUAAUUUUCACUUAAGGUUUUAUUGUCUAGUUUUACCUUAAAUAAAUAUUUUUGUAAUGUUCAAAUUUUGAGUAGAUUAAUAAUUACAGUGAAAACAUGAUUUAGUGGUUAUAGGGAUAAGAUGAAGCUUAGGGUUAAAUUUAACUUAGUUCUAACUUCAGUCUGAAUCCAAGUUAACAUAAGUUUUUAACACAUAAUGUGUAUUAUAUAGUCAUUAUCUAGUAUUAAAUAACUUGAAGUCAUAGAUAUAAUUGUAAAUACUAUUUUUAUACCUAGUUUAACAACUUGUACAUACUUUGUAAAUAUUUAGUUAUAGGAUGCGCAUACGCAAUUGUUAUCCUUUCACUAAAGAUCUCUUGAGUUUCAAUGCCGGCAGAAGAACGUAACGAGCUGAGUUAGUUUCAAAGUAUUUAGAACUUUAAUUUCUUAGCUAUAGUGUACAUAUUUCCUUUACUGUAAUGUUUCUUGUUUUUCUGUGCCAUAUUGAGCUAUGUUUAUCUAAUAAUACAAUUUGCAGAUGUUUUUUUAGGAUGUCCUAGAAUUUAGUUUGGUCUGAUAAUAAUAGGGCCUGGUAUGAUAUCUCUAAUUCUCUAUAUAUUACGUAAUAUAUAGGCUACAAAAGGGCCAAUACUGAUUGCUCUUAUAUAAGUAUGAAGAGUAUUCAUUAGCACCUCAAAUGCACUCUAGCGGUCCCUACUAACAAUGGACUAAUAAACCCAAAUAGGGCUAUUAACUGCUACCUGCUUGAGCAUCUGCUAACAAGUCCACAAAUAUACAGUUUUUGGUUCAAUUUGGGUUCGAACUAAUGAAACUAACGAACAAUAUUUUAGUUCGAAAUAGUUUUGCUAAAGUCAAAAUCAAAGCAUAUAUUGAAACGUCAAAUUGAAUUGUCAUUCAGUGAAGCUAGGUGCUUACUAUUCUGUAUAAACAUUCUAUAUUACAGAUUCAAAUAGGUUCUAAGUUCUGGCCAUCCUAAUGAAAUGGAAACCUUGUAAAAUACACACAUUUUUAUAGUCGACUGCAAAAAUAGUGUGUAGUUCUUUCCAAAACCAUCCAAAACGCAUUUUUGUUUGCCUUAAGCGAAUUUAAUCGAAGGCUCUUUGAAAAAUGCUUUGGACUACUUUUCUAUCUAUCUAUCCUACUGUCUUCUGUCUCAAAUCUUAGUUUUUCAUCUCAAAUCUUUGAAACAAGACCAGCUCCGUUAUAUCGGCAGAUCUUUGUAUAUAUUUUCUGUUUUUACGAAAAAUAAUUUAUGAUUUUUUGUUGAAUACAAUUCUGUACAUACUGCCUAGCUUUGUACAUAGAAAUGGAUGUUUUAUUAAAAAUUAUUUGAUAUUUAAUCUAAAAAUUCUUAUGUUUUCGUUAAGCUGGAGUUACACCAAAGUGUUAUUGAUUACUUUGCGUUUAAAAUAAUAUGGUUUUAUGUACAUUUCCAUUUUGCAAAGUAUAUCGACUUAAAACACGGCUAUAGCUGUUUGUAAGUUAUAUAUUAUUAUUAUAUUUAUCUCUAUAGAUAUACAUUAAGUUUUUGUUCUUCGUCUUAUGUGUGUUUCUAUGUAUUAGCUGUCAGUGUAACGCAAAUUAGUUUUAGUUUGAUCUAAAAGAUUUUCAAACAAUUUAUUUUAAUGAUUUUUUGUAAAGAAAAUAACACACAGUUGUUGAUACUGUUCACUAAAGUACUAAAAAACUUAUUUUUUCUAAAAUGUUCUUGUCUAAUUCGGAUCUCUUGUAAAACGCUUUUUUAUUAACGUAAUUUUAUCUCAACUGUAAUAUUACAUUCCAGUAAAAAACAUUAUUUUAGGUCUGGAAGCCAUUUUGUAAUUAAUUUAUUUCAAUACAAUUAUGCUAUGGGUUCACAAAACUUUAAUUUCCAAUAUAAUUCUGAUAAUUCAUGUACAUUUUUUAACAUAACUUUUUUUUUUGUAAAAAAGGAAAACUUCUAAUACUUUUUCUCACAGACAACCCAAGCUAAUUGUACCUUUUUGGUAAUCCUUAGAUUAUGGCUAGGCUAUUCGCUAUAACCUUAGUACCUAAUAUAAGACUAAUUAAAAUUAAAAGUAAAAUCUGAUUAAGCUUAGAUUUAAGUUAAUUAUUGUAACAGUAAGAAACACAUGGACACAUUAGUUUGUAAGGAAAUGAAUAGAACAAUGCCCACACUAGAUGUUUAGGAAAAGGCCCAUCUUAGAUGAUAAGAGGAAAUAUACUAUUUUGUCAAUCUGAA